AUGGAACAAGGGCCUCGACAUAGCACUUCAUCUUUGGAAUCAUUAACUAGACCUGAUACCCUGGACAAUGUACACUCAAUUCCGGUGUCACCAAACACAUCUGCGCAAGCACCAGGUUAUUAUAGACCACACGACGCUACACAACAUUUCACCAUUGAUUUGAAUGACCUCGAAUCAACGACCAGCCUACCACAAAUAAAUGGUAAACCGGAAACAAAGCUCAAAGAGGAACAGUUUUUAGCCGAAAAUAAUGAAACUAAUGGUUGGAUUAAUGGGUAUUCUGUGCCGUAUAGCUUACUCCGGUAUGGUUUGGCCUCCGAUAAGUCGACGAAAAUCGAAUUGGAUUACGAUCAUGGCGAUGUUCAACACUUUUUCAACCCCGUUUGCCAUUUAAAUGAAAUUGAGCAUUCAGCGUAUGGAAGAAAAGACUCGAGUGUUUCAGCAUCAAAUACAUCGUCGUCAAGUGAGGAUACUGAUCAUAACAAGGAACGCAAAAACAAAUUUCUACUGGGCCAAGAUGAAAAAAUCGAUGCUUACUCCGGGUACAUCACUAUCCCCAAAAUCUCAUUCAAUAUCCCGUACCCAUACAGGAACAACAAGAGACAGCUACGGUUGAUGUCAGAUGUUCCCAAACUUUGUUUUCAAAAUGCAUUUGUGGUGGGAGAUGCUACUUAUGUAUUUGGCGGAUUGAGCAGCACUAAGCAGUCAACUUUCCAUCACGUUGGUCUCCCACUGGAUAUUGACAUUAAUAAAGUUUCUGUUCAUUUUCCGUACAAGGUACCUCCCUUUGUUGAUUCUAAAAUGUUGACCACCCCAUUCUUGCAUCCAAACCCACACUUUAUUGCCUACAAUGCAAUUCGAGGAACUGUGACUUUUGUUAAUACACAGAAUUUGAAACACUUUCCUGGCCACUUGCUCUCUAUGCAAUCAACACAAAUUACCGCUAAACAUUAUUUUUUCUACGGUGGUUUUCAAAUUCAAAACUUGUCGGUAAAGUACCAUUCAGAUAUUGAUCGGUGGAUCAUUAACAAGAAGAUAGUCAUGAAUGAGGAUGGGUACAUUCUCGACUCAUCUAAUCUAAAGUUUAUCAAGGUCAGACUCGAACCAAACAAGAUGCAUACGACACUUGGGAGAAUAGGAAUGGGGAUAUGUUCCAACGUAUAUCAGCCGCCAAACGAACGAGGUGAAAGAAUCAGUGUUGGUGGUGACUUUAAUCGACCUUUUGAAAGUCAAAGACAAUCCCUGCCUCCAGCCUUUUCUGAAGCUUCUCACAAAUCAAGUCCAAGUGAUCAUUCAGUAAAUGCAUCUGUCACAAGAAGCAAUACAAAGAAAGGAAGUAGUGAGAGGAAUCGGCAAAAUGUGAAGCUUGAUGAAGGUGAUUUCGAACAACAGCAACAACAGCAACAACAACAGCACCAGCACCAGCAGUACCAGCUGCAACAUCUGCCACAAAGAGUAGCCAAACUCGAUGAGUCGCCAGUAAUGCGCUCAAAAGCACCACCCAGUUUACAAAGGAUAAUAACAACGCAUUCCAUUGAUUCGUCAUUGAGUGAAGCUGCAACUAGAACCUCAUCGGCGUCAACCUCAUCCCCUGGCUCAUCUAAAAUGGACAAAAUCAAGAGUAAAUUCCAUCGUCCUAUGAAGAACACAUAUUCUGAAAAAGUUCGUGAACAUCGAUCGAAUUCAACAAAUAAUCGGUCUGGAUCAAGUAGUCGCGCAGUGUCUCCAGUCUUGAAUACAACUGGACAUACUUCCAAUUUGAACCCUGCAUCUACUCAUCUGGCAACACCGAUGGCUGGCUCUACAUCAUUGGAUUCUGCUACAGGAGCUGACACACUGUCAACAACGGUGGCAACCAAUGCAUCCUCUAUAAACCCAUUGCAAGCCACAAAUUCGUCAAUUGUGUCUCCAGCAACCUCAUCCUCGGCCCCAAAUGGCUCUUUAGCUUGCCCUACAGCUUCGAACCGACCAAUUACGCCAAUACUUCAGUUUCAAAAUGACAAGCGUGUGCGAAGCUUUAGUGAUGGUGGUCCCAAGAGCGGGCAUUCGACACCAUCUGAUGAUGAGCGACAUUCACCGAAGAGAAGUGAAAGAGAAGUGUUGGAAUUUGUACGGUCGUACUCUGGAGACGAUUCAUCUAGAUCUGGCUCUCGGAGUUUGCGAGGCGGUGAUUUUCUGGGAGAAGCAGCCAUUGAAGAAGAUGAGGAUGAGACGGGUGGUUCUAUUCAUGAAGGAUUUUCCGAGGGCGAGGAGAUUUUUGAAACUAGAACCCGUUCAUCAAACCCAUUGUUCAAUGAUAGCAAUAUACUAUCAAAUGUAAGUGUGUUUGUGUUUGGUGGGUUUUAUCUAGAUGAUGAGGUUGACAAUAAUGGAAUCCAACAUUUCAAAGCGAGUAACGAUUUAUUGAAAAUUGAUUUGACGGCAAAAGAGGAACCAAUGUCAAUCUCCAACUAUACUUUCUUGCAUGAUGCGUUGGUCUCGAAAAUAGGUACUGAUCCUACAACUUGUGAUAUCGUUCUUGAUGAUGAUGGGAACUGGCCUAGUCCAAGAGGGUACUUUGCCUCUUAUAUGAUUGACUAUAAUAGAGGAUUGGAUGAAGGAUGUGAGUUGAAUGUUACAAAGUAUGAUCUGUCGCCAUUGACCCCAUUUCAGACACAAGCACAGACGGGAGCGAUCAAGAGGGGAGGGUCACCAGAUAUAAGUAUUGCUGGUAGUUCAGGAUCAUUUCAGGUAGGAGGCGGUGUAACUGCUGGUGCUGCUGGUGGUGCUGGUGGUGGUGGUAGUGGUGGUGGUUCUGGUAUUGGGAGUGGGCCUGGGACAGGGACAGCGCCUAGUCUAGCAGCUAGCAAUUAUGAAGAAGUUUCAGAAGUUCAAGCAUACUUCAAUAAGCGCUCGUUCAUCAUCCAAGGUGGGUGUGCUGAAGGUGAUCAAUUCUUUGCUGACUUUUAUCGAUUUGUAUUUGACACUUGCAAGUGGGGAAAAUUCACCACUUAUGCAUACGACUACUUCAACAUCCCCCUUGAGCCAGGCGCAGAUGAUGAUGGUUCUUUGUACACAAAGGAGAACAUGGUGCCCAAUCCUGAAUUGAAAGAAGCCGAGUUGCGUUGUUGUCAUCAUACCUGUGUCUACUACCAGAAUGAGGAGCGCGACUACUUGUUCUUUCUUGGUGGAGUGAAACUGGAUCAUUUACGAUUUUUUGAUCGCGAGCCAUACAAGUCAGACAAGUUUGACGUAUCGCGAUUAAGUAAAUUGCCGUUGUUGACCAAUAAUCCAAACACGAUGAGAGUCGCCGUUUUGAAUAUCCAGACACAGACGUGGCGGUUUAUGCGUUAUUACUACGAUAUAAAUCACGCCAUGAGUAACUCUUAUCUAGAUAGGGUAUUGGAACAUCCGUCGUUGGUGAAUGCAAGAAUUUCACAUUUGGCUGGAUCCGUAACAAUGACGGGAAAGACAUUGACAUUGGCUCAAGGAUUGGUGAUUAUAGCUCCAGAAAAGAAGGAUGAUUUGGUUAAGUUGAGAAAAGAAAUUCCAACUGAUGAGAUGUUGUGGGGAGGAAUCAUACAACUUACAUUUGCCGGUCUUUAA